GGUAGUUGGAAGUGAAAAUGCCAAGCGAUAUUUUGAGGCAGUGCAAGGAUCAAAGGAACAUCAAGGCGAGCUUUUUGGGAUCCAUAACCUCUUCAAGCUUCGAACCCAGGGGUCCUGCCUUACAAAAGACAUCCUGGAGAGGGAGGGUCAAGUGGAAGCAGGAGUCAUGACAGCCACUACGUGGCUAAAGGAGGAGCCACCAUCAUGCAGGUUAGAAAUGAUGGUGUUCAAGAAGUGGCUUAUAUUCAUUCAAACCAGAAUGUGGUUGGAUCAAGCAAGGCUGAGAAUCAGAUGAGUAACUGGGCAGUGCGAGAUGUGUUUGAGUUGAAGCAGUUUUCCCAGCUCCCUGCGAAUAUAGCAGUCUACUGUGCCAAGAGAGAGAAGGAAACCCAAGAAGCCAUAUCAGCAAAAAAGAACAUUAAGAGAGAACAGCAAAUAAGUGACAACAGUAAGCAGUCUCACCUUUGUAUUGAACAUCCUGCAAUUCAGAAGAAAAAAAAGGUACACAGAGUAGGUGCAACCACCUUCUUGAUUGGAGAGACCCCCAAAAGCAUUCGCAGGAAACAGUUUGAAGAAAUGGUAUCCCACUUCAACAUGGCUUCAGUUGAAGAACUUGCAGAAUAUAUUGCAAAAGCCACAUCAGAAGCACGACAGAAAAUGUUGAGAGAUUUUUAUGCUGGAAAGUAUCCAGAAUUAGAGGACCUAUUUCCAGUCAAAGUUCCAGUACAUGUUUCAGAUGGGUAUGAGGAAGGAGAGGUGUUUACAAGUUGUAGAAAGAGAAGGGCCAGGGUAAAAUGUCGACAAUCAAGGUCUGGUCCUUCAGCUAAAGAUUCUCCCUUCAUGACUGCAGAAAUAUGUAGCCAAAAAAGACACAAAGGAGAAGCAAAACAGUUUCACAAUGAUUUCUGCAUACAAGAUGCUGUGUGUCUUAGUUCAAAAGAUAAACAAUUGUCCACUGUCAAUACCCAAAAUAGCAUCAGUGGGAGAAACAGUCAACCAUUCAAAGAUUUUAUGGCAACUGACUCAGUAAGCAGUAAAUCAGAAAUAAUUGAAGUGUGCUCUGUAAAUAUCACUAAAGGACAGCAGGACUCAAAGGGGACGGAAUCUCCAAGAAAAAGAUCCCUGUCUCAGUCAGAAAACAGAGAGAGAGAAACUCAGACUUACAAGAAAAACUCUUUUGUAGACUUACUAGGAGACACCUCUGUUCUCAAUGACCUCUUCAAAAGUAAUGGAAACAGGCCUACAGAGCUGCCAAGAAGAUCUCUUUCAGGGCCUGCAGAAAAAGCAAAAGAACGACCAAAAGACUUCUGGGAUGUGCUGAAUGAGCAGAAUGAUGAGAGUCUCAGAAAGCUCACAGACAUGGCAGUCAUAGAGGAGUUGUGUGAAAGAGCACCUCCUGUUGCUUUGACAAAAAAGAAAGAAGUUCAUGAAAGUUCUCUUUGGAAACAAAAUGAUAAUUUUUUAUGGAAAAAAUAUAAUCUAAGUGAUUCAGAUGAGUCUACAUCUGGUGCACACACCUUUUGAUGUCUAGAUAUGAAAGACUGAUCUUAACGCUCAGGCAAUAAAUUCAUCAGUCACACAAAUACAGCUUAGGAAUAUUUACUGGUGUUAGUAGUAUACAUUAUGGGACAGCAUUCCAUUAUAUCUUAUUGUGACCAUUGGCCUUGGGGCAUACUGUAAGAUAUUCUAACCUAUGUUUCUCUGCAAUAAGCAAGGCGGAAAUAGUGAUGAUGUAAAUGUAGGAUCUUAGUGUAAUUUAAACCUGGCCUUGUUUGUAAUCAUAAGGGGGCCCAUAUUUGUUGUGAUCAUAGAGGCAUAAAACCAAACAAGAUAUGUGUUACUUCAGUAGUUCAACACUGCAGGGCAUGACUUGUGGUUUACUAAUCCAUGUCUUUAAGUCAAAUGCUGUCUUCACAGCUACUGCAAUCUAUGAGUGUAGGUACACAUUAGCUCUGUCACAUCCUACUGUGAUUUAACUCAUGCUAAUUUUAAAUUACACUUUUUUUUAGUCACUUGAGUUGUUCUCUUUUGGAUUCUGAUGUGCCUAAAGUUAAAUGUAGCUCUGGGUAUCUUUCCCUCUUGUUGAAAUAUGGGAGGCUCAGGCUGUCACUCCACUCAACCGCUGCGUGGGUGGAUCCCAGCAAUCUCAAAUAAGACUGCUAUUAAAAAAGGUCGUUUUUUAAUCAGAUAAUAUGUAUCUUUCUAAUCAGAGCUUCGCAUAUAUAUUUUAAAUUAUAAUUAGAGAAUUUUUGAGGACUGAAUAACUCAGAUAAUGGAAUUUGGAGCCUUUCACUCCUGCAUGUCAUUUAUUAAAACUAGUCACUCACCUGUGCAAAAUAAGUUGGAGGCCUCGCUUAUGAUUCCUUGUAUUUUUCUGGUGGGCAAGUACCCAUAUCACAAAAACCUUCUUCAUCGCCACAGUUUCCAAGUAGUUAAGAUAUUCAGCUAAUACCACAGGCAGGGAUGCUUUUUUUUUUUUUUCCACUCAGGUUUUUUUCAGCCAAUUUCAUAAUGAAGUUCAAGACAAAUCCAGUUAUUUUCAAUAUCCCAGGUUUAGUGUUGUCUCUUAGUUUAUUCUAACAUUUGAGUGUCUAAUAUGAAAAUAAAUUGAUGGGAAAAUAACUUAGAUCAAAUAUUGGUAUUUUAUAAUGCGGGGGGGAGAUAGUUCUUUCCAUCCAAAAAAUAAUUUGGUUUACAUUUUUGUAAGAAUUGUGCUCUGAAAAGAAUAAAUGUUUUAUAUACAAUACUAAGUUGUACACAUUUAUGUGUAACAUGAACAAGAUAUUUAGAAAAGGGGGCAUGCAAUUAUAUGUGCAGCUGGAUUGUUAGAGGUGUACUUUGUUGCAUGUGCAGUUACUGUGAUUGCACUCAUAAUGACUGUAUUUGUGUAUGCAUAUUGCAGCAUGUGCAAUUGCCUGUACCUAUUUAUAAAAAUGUGGCCCUAAAAACUGAUAUCAAUAUUCACGCUUAAAACACAGUUGUGGUUACUUUUACUGUAGAACUUACAUUUCUGUUGAAGUAGUUCGGCUAUUGAAAUGAAGUCACUGCCUAUAGUACAGUAGCUUGAUCCAAAAUGGCUGUUGUUAAAGCAGUUUAAUUGCACUCAAGCCUAAAUAGGUGAGCUUAAGAAUUACAUAGUCUAGAGGCUCCUGGAAAGAAUUAUGGUAUUGUUGUAGCGACACAGGAGUGGGAUUCAGAUGUGAUUUCUGUUUUCAUGUCUGCUACACAUUCUGUGACAACUUGGGCAAGUCACUGAAUCUCUGCACUUCAGUUUUCACAUCUCUAAAACAGAGAUCUACCUGUGUAAUAAAUUGUGUUAGAUGGGCAUGCAGGUCUUUGUUUCACUCAACCACCUCACGCGGAUAAGAAUUACAAAAGCUUACUAUCUUUGUCACAUGGGUCAGUAGUAUGGAUUGGAAUCGCUGUUGUUAUACCUUAUUUUGAAAAUCAAAUGCUAAUAAAACAUGAUACCAGUUAGAAAAAACCUAUCAACUAAUACAACCAAUUAUAAGAAAAGCAAAACAAUGUCUUGUAUGGAGAUCAAGGUAGAUGACAAAAGUUGGAAUUAUUUUGCCUUUUAGUGGUAUCUAUUGGGGCUGUCAAGUGAUUAAAUAAAUGGUAUUCUAUUAUUGUUUAA